AUGUUUGCCAUCAGUUCAAUCAAGCAAAUGGAGCUGACAUCACACAAUGUGCUGAGGAAGAAAAUGUUCAACCGAACUACUGUGACCGAGUUCCUUCUCCUGGCGUUUUCUGAUGUUAGGGAGCUGCAAAGUUUGCACUUUGUGGUGUUUCUAAUGAUUUACCUGGCAGGCCUGCUGGGGAAUCUUCUCAUCAUCAUAGCCAAAGCCUUUGACCACGACCUUCACACUCCCUUGUACUUCUUCCUGGUCAAUCAGGCCAUCCUAGACCUCGGCUCCAUCUCUGUCACCAUCCCCAAACCCAUGGUCAAUUCCCUCAUGAACACUAGGGUGAUUUCUUAUUCUGGAUGUGUCACCCAAGUCUUUCUCUUCAUGUUCCUUGGUUCAGCUGAUCUCGGCGUCCUGACUAUCAUGGCAUAUGAUCGAUAUGUCGCCAUCUGCCAACCACUACAAUACGAGAGAGUGAUGAACAGGAGAGUUUGUAUACAAAUGGCAGCCAGUGCCUGGAUCAGUGGUAUUCUUUACUCUGCUCUGCACACUGGGAACACAUUUGUAAUAUCCUUCUGUGGAGUUGUCUCUUUGUUUAUUUUUUCUGGCAUCUUUGCCUACCUGAAAUCCAACUCCAGUUCAACAUCACGUCUGGAUCUUGUGGUGGAUGUUUUCUAUUCUGUGGUGCCUCCAGUGAUGAAUCCGAUCAUCUACAGCAUGAGGAACAAGGAGAUCAAAGCUGCCCUGAGGAAAUUGAUUAGACAGAGGUUAUUCAUGAUCAAUAAAAUGUUCAUCUUUCUCCUUUGA